AUGGAUGGUGGUUUUGGAGGAAACAUGGGAAACUUCACUUGCAAGCUAUGUCAUGCAAGCUUUUAUUUCCUCCUAUCUUUUUCUGUUUUUCUACCCGUAGCAAUUGCUGUUGAUCGCUCAUAUGCAGUAACUCGACCUUUUGAUAGGACACCAAUUUCUCGACACAUAAAAAAUGUAAUUCUAACAUUAUGGAUAUUCUCACUUAUCCUUUCGGCGCUGGUUUUUGCAAACGGGCGCCUAAAGACCAAAAUGAAAUCCUACUUGUGUCAUACACAUAGCCCCCUGGAAUAUUCUAAUGGGAAAGAGUUGAAUGUUAUAUCAUUAACCCUUGCCGUUGUCAUCCCUCUGACGCUUUUGGCAUUUUCAUACACAAGAAUAUGUAUCAAACUAUGGUCACGUCAGGCACCUGGAGAAGGAGCCAGUCAAAACCAACGCCAACUUCAAGUUAUAGUGACAGCAAAAAAGGUUACCCGGAUGAUGAUCGCAAUCGUUGUUUUAUUCUUCAUUUGUUGGGUUUCUUUCUAUGUAAUAAUAACACCGUUAUAUCUUGGAUUUGUGCAAAACAAGGCAGUUGGAUUUUCAGUUUGGUUAUCGGUCUCCUUCAGUGGCAUCAAUCCUUACGUUUAUUUCGCCUUGAGUGCAAACUUUAGAAAUGGGUUGAAACAUUUGUUUGGAAAUAUUCAUAUUUUUCCGUUUAGAUCCGGGAGGAUAGAGCUUCAGCAAAUUUAGUAUUUGUAAGUGAUUUAUUCCAACAAAAAGGUUAUUUUGAAAGGAAAUCGUUUUGGACGAAGUGGAAAAAAUUGGAUAACGGCGUGAUACUAUUUCGAAUUAAGUUUUAAUCAAUAUAACAUCAUGGCGAGGUAACGUUUCGAAAAUUAAUAUCCAUUAGAAUCUUUUGGCUAGCAAUGUGGCGUUUCAGCUACAAAGGGCAUGUUUCCUCAGUAUUUUAUUAUUUUUUUGUCAGCAUUCUCUUCUCAGAUAAAGUUUCCGUUAGCCGACCAAGGUGAUAAACGUUCAUCAAAAUUUUUCGGUUUUUAGGUAUUGUUUAUUCAUUUGGUCCUCAUUGCAUAGUAUUGUCGAAGGAAGGUUUUCAGGAUGUCAACACAGAAGAGUUUUGACUGAUUACGAUAGGGUAACAGAAGGAAGAAAUGAAAAAGCAUUAUCAUUGUGGGUGCAAAGUCAGUUUGUCCCGGCCCCCUAUUGAAAUACGUUCUUAAUAGGAUUAAUAUUUUCAAAGAAAAUGUAAAAGCUUUAAGAUUCCUUCUAAAUUUUUAAUCAGGACGGCUUCGAACAAAUUCGAAUCGCCCAGAACCUUAAAUGGCCUAGGCUGUCAAAUUUAGAACCUUUAAUUAUUGCUGUAUUACUCUUCUUCCCUCAAUAAUUCAAUGUUAUUGUCAAGAUGAUCUAUUGACAAACCCAACUUACCCUUAUCUUUUCUGGAUGUAUUCAUGCACACGAGCGGAAGAUAAAACAAAUAAAUGUCUCGAUAUAAUUCAAAAUACCAAAUGCUGCAUGUUCUGCCGAGUAAACAGGCAAAUUAUUAUCAUAAAAGUUUUUACAGUUAAACCAGAGAAAGUCAUGAUGAUCAAUUGAUCAAACUCCAACUUCAACCUCCACCCUAUGUUAAACAGCACCAACGAAACGAAUGAGGUAGACUUUGAUGUAAAUAAUCUAACAUACUUUGCAUACGGCAGAAUAUUUCUGGUGUCGCCGUUUUGAAAUUCUUUUAUUUUAUACAUCAUACGAACAGAAUACUAAAACUCAUUUAACUUAAGCCAAACUUACACCGAUCUUUUAAUCACAUUUAUGUUUUAUGUGGAUACUUUUCGUGUCAAUUCCUACGAUGGACUGUGGUUCGGAGGAAACAUGGGAAGUAUUAUUUGCAAGCUGUAUAGUAACAUGCAAGUUCUUAUUUCCACGCAACUUUUACUCUUUUGCUACUAGUAGCAAUAACUGUUGAUCGGUCAAUGCAUUACCUCGACCUUUGCAUUGGACGCCGAUUGCUCUACACAUAAAAAGAGUAAAUAAUGGUUAUGUUGAAGUAAUGUUCUUUCAUUCUUUUGACAAAUGUUUGUGGUCACAUGAACGGGGACACAAAGAAGAAAUCUUACUUCUGUCAUUUGCAGCAACUUCUGGAGUUUUGUGAAUGAACAACAUUUAACAAGACAUCCCUAGCUGCUCGCCUUUUCUUCUCUUUAACUCUUUUAGCAAUUCUGUGCAUAAGAAUAUGUGCUUGGCCCAAUCAGGCAUACGGAGAGGGAGCCACUCACCACCGAGCACCCCUGACAUCCUUGUAACUUAAAAUUUUUUUUAUACUUUACUAGGCGGAGAUACAACCAAUGACGUUUCUUUCAUAUAACCAUUUCACUCCACGAAUGUGAAACCAUUUUCAAGAAGAAAAAGGGGAUGAGAAGUGAACAAAUUUAUCAACUUACACAAAAUAUUUGAUCUAACACUAAAAAACCUCAAGUCAAAUGUCAUAAGAAAUUCGUUGCAAAUGAAAGGAUAAUCAUGCAAUCUUCAGACUGGCCGUGGGAAGAAAAGGGUAAUGAUGAACAUGAAUUUGGAACCGUGGGAAUUCUUUUCCCAUGAAUAGAAUGUCAUUGAAUGCUUUUGAGGGAAACGAAAGGUUGAGUUCUCUUAAAAUCAACCCAAAAUAAAAUUUCAAUAACAUAUAUAAUAAUUAUCCCAAUCAUAAAUCGGAGUGGAUUUGACUGACUUACGGUGAAUUAACGUGAGUAGCGGGGAGUGAGUCGGGGUAACUAGAGGUGGUUUGCGGUGGAUAGGGAUAAAUUAUGAUGGCUUGCACAAUAUUGUAGUCGGAUAAAUUAGCGGCGAUUGUGAUGUUGCUCUUUUUGAACUUCAGAGUACAGAAUUUCAUCGAGUUAAAGGAGAAAUUUGUGGAGAUCUCAGGCCAUUCAUUGCGAAGGUGAGUGAUACGCUUCUCAAGCAAUUGUUACUCGCUCACUCCUCCUCACACAAGACUUCCCGAGGCUAAAAUGAAACAUUUUUGGAUAUUUUUCGCUCUAAUACUAAGGGUAGCCCUGGCAACAUCAAGCUCUUGUAGCGGCUAUAUCUGCACUUGUGUUUGGAUAACUUACAAGUAGCAAAGACAUCGUGUAGAAAACCUCUUGCAAAUUUACAAAUUUUAAAACUGAAAUAAACAUCUCAUUUUGGGAGGCUACUUUACUACAGCUGUCACCGCUAGAUAGCGAAGUUAAUUAAAAUAAAUUUCCAAUUAAGGAGGAUAAACAACAGAACAAAAUAAUGAACCCUUUCUUCUUAGAUUUAGUAUUAUGUGUCCAUCAUUCAGGAAAGCGGAUGGACUAAUACAGGAAAGAUUCAUCAUCAAGGAAUCUACAAAUGACUGGAUAAGGUACUUCGAAAAAUAAAAAAUAAAAUUCUGUUAAUGAUGCCCAAAACGAGAGCAAGUACAAGGUAAAGACAUAUUCUAUUUCUUUUGAUUAAGUUGAGGCUCAUUGUUCAAAGUACAAAUAAAAAAAAUUGUCAGUUUCAAAGGAAAUGCGCAAACAUCAAGAACUCUUGGUAAUUUGAUGAUCUCACUAUUGAUAAGAUGAUGUAUUGACCAAAAAAACUUCUCCGCGGCUCUUUAGAUGUAUUCAGGUGUAUUUCCUUCAUUCAUCGUAUUUCAUUCUAUGAAUGACAUAAACAAAUGAAUACUUAACAUACAUAAAAAACACUACUGGUUUUAUUUCUUGCUGGUUCACACCUUAUUCAUUAUUUUUCCAAAGAUUUGAACAAAGCGACUGAAACGAAUUCUGAAGUCCUUAAAUUCCAGAUAUCGAAGAGAAAAAAAAAACAAGAACAAGAAAUCAUCUAGGGAAAUAAUUACCGUAAGAGUUUCUAAAGUCAAAUCAGAGAAAAGGGCCAUGUUGACUAAUCGAUCAAACUUCUACUUCAACUCUAUCUUAAUGAGCACCGAAGAAAAGGUGGAGAUGGAUUUUCAUGCUACUAUUCUAACUUACUUUGGAUACGGUACAAUAUUUCUGGCGUCGUUUGUCGGUAAUUCUUUCCUUAUACACAUUAUACGAACAGACACAUCCAUGAAGACUGCUAUCAAUUACUUGAUUUUAAACCAAGCCUGCGUUGAUCUUCUCAUUCCAUUCAUGCAUUUAAUGGAUAAUUUUCGUUACAGUUCUUAUCAUGGAUCGUGGUUUGGAGGAAAUAUGGGUCAUAUUACCUGCAAGUUAUAUCUUGCAAGCCUUUUUGUCCUCCCAUCUCUUUCUAUUUUUCUACUUUUAGCAAUUGCUGUCGAUCGUUUUUACGCAGUAUUUCGACCUUUUGAUAGGACGCCGAUUUCUCGAAACAUAAAAACAGUAUUUCUGUUUAUGUGGACAUGCUCACUUGUUGGUCCGACAGCCGUUCUUGCUAAUCGGCACCUAGAGACUAAAAAUAACUCUUACUUCUGCCAUUCGAGGAUCUUUUUACGACUUGGUGAAGGGAAUAAAUUUUAUGUCAUGUCAUUACUCCUUGGCGUCGUUAUCCCUCUCACGCUUAUGGCAACUCUAUACACGAGAAUAUGCAUCAAACUAUGUUCACGUCAGGCACCCGGAGAAGGAGCCAGUCAAAACCAACGCCAGCUUCAAAUUAUAGCGACAGCAAGAAAGGUUACCCUGAUGAUGAUCGCAAUCGUUGUUUUAUUCCUCAUUUGCUGGGUUCCUUUCUAUAUUUCGAUGGCACUGUUAUAUCUUGGCUUUGGGCAAAACAAGGCAGUUUUAUUUUCAAUUUGGUUAACAGUCUCCUACAGCGGCAUUAAUCCUUACGUUUAUUUCGCCUUCAGUACAAAGUUUCGAAAUGGAUUGAAACACCUGUUUGGACUUUAG